CAUGUGUGUGUGUGUUCAGCUUAUAAAACGCCACAUAUAGUGUCAUGUGAUCUUCAGAUAACUUAUAUAUCAGUGGGUUUUGGCUUUACAGCAUACAGCCUUCAGAAACAGAGUGGAAAAUAACACCAUCUGACUGAGCCAAAACCAGGUCAUCAUCUAAACAUGUCAGAGGGCGUUGAGCAUGAAAAGCAAGAGGACGCUGUGGAAGAACCAGGAGAGGAAGAAGAAACAAAACCAAAGCACAAAACCUUUUUGCCACCUCAUGUGCCUCCCAAAAUUCCUGAUGGAGAGAAAGUUGAUUUUGAUGAUAUUCACCGCAAGCGUAUGGAGAAAGACCUGACGGAGCUGCAGACUCUCAUUGAGGCUCAUUUUGAGAAAAGGAAGAAAGAGGAAGAGGAGCUGAUCAACCUCACACAGCGCAUUGAAAACCGCAGGUCAGAGCGAGCAGAACAGCAGCGCAUCCGCACAGAGAGAGACCGAGAGCGGCAGAACAAACUGGCUGAGGAAAAGGCUCGAAAAGAGGAAGAGGAGGCCAAGAGGAAGGCGGACGAUGAUGCAAAGAAGAAGAAGGUUCUCACAAGCUUCCAAUACACCGGAUACAUGCAGAGGACAGAAAAAAGGGGCGGGCCCAAGAAACAAACUGAGAGAGAGAAGAAAAAAACAAUCCUGAGCGAACGCCGCAAGGAGUUGAACAUCGAGAACAUCGGCGCGGACAAGCUGAGAGAAACGGCAAAUGAGCUCUGGAAGAAGAUGCGGCAGCUGGAGGCCGAGAAGUUUGAGAUGCACUACAAAUACAUGAGCCAGAAAUACGAGAUCACCGUCUUGAGGAAUCGAGUCAGCGACCAUCAGAAGAAUACCAAAGGAUCUAGAAGUAAACGAGGACUGAGGAAGUAAAGCAGCCUCACUGACCCAGCAGGAUCAUCUGACAUGUUUGCAUAUGCAUUUUUUUAAAUAUAUUAAUUAUUCCAAAUUACUCUAUUUAGUCUUCAUCUGAGAGUUUAAGAAUAAGAGCCAUCUGAAAAGAGUGAUGACUCAUUGACGCUUUGAGUGACUAAUAAGACUGUAUUGGUGAUAUUAUUAUGAUUAUUUGAGGAUUAUUAUGACUCUUUUUGAUGUUAAUUAUAAGCAUGUCAUCAAUACAAAGUGCGAUGAUUGUAUUGUUUUUUGUGUUGAUUUAAUAAACCAUAUACACUGCAAAAAAA